CUGAUUGAUCGAUGGCUGCAAUGGCACUUUUCCAUCUGACAUUCUCUCUCUCUCUCUCCCCCCUUGCACUCUGUUCCCACUCGCCCACCCCCCUUUUCUCUUGCUUAAACAGCAGCCCUAACUUUUGUGUGUUGCAAAUAUAAAAGGCAAACCAUGUGAUAGAGGGGCAGAAGAACAAAAGCAUUUGGAAGUAACAAGACCUCUUUUUAGCCCUCGGUCUGGGGAGUCCAAUAAAAGGGAAGGCAGAGUGCAAUUUGCAAAAGCUAUGAAGGGGAUGUUUUGAUGGAUUAUAACCUCAGCAAAUGUCUAACCCUAAACCAGCAAUGACAACUCAGAGACUUAAAACAGAUCUUCUGCUUUCUUGGCAAAGGACUGGGCCUCAGUCUUUAGAGGGCUUCUGAUACUCUAUCUCCCUCUACCGGUACUCCUAAGACAUUCUCCAAGGAUGGGAAAUCAUGUUCUUGCCGCUUCAAUUUCCAUGCUGUCCCUUUUGGCAAUAAUGGGAGAUACAGGCAAUAAAAAGGAUAGUACUUUUAUGAUUGAUGCAGACCCAGGGCGAUGUAUGAGACAUCACUAUGUUGAUUCUAUCAGCCAUCCUUUAUACAAGUGCAGCUCAAAGAUGGUGCUGCUAGCUCGCUGCGAGGGACAGUGCACUCAGACCUCACGUUCAGAGCCAAUGGUGUCCUUCAGCACAGUUCUGAAACAGCCUUUCCGAUCCACAUGUCAUUGCUGCCGGCCACAGACUUCUAAACUGAAGGCCAUGCGCUUGCGCUGCUCUGGUGGAAUGAGACUUACUGCCACCUACCGCUACAUCCUCUCAUGCCACUGUGAGGAAUGCAACUCUUAAGGGCAAACCUGCUGCAGCAAAAAGAACAGGAAGGGCAAAUGUCCUCCAGCAGAACUUCCAGAAGCAGAAGCAGCUAGGGACAACCUUCCAAUGGUUUGCUGUUGCUACAACCAAGGAUAAUUAGAAUGGAUUUCAUUUGAGAGAAGGAGCCACAUAGAUACAUGGGGUUGUACCAAGCAAUACAACAGACACCAGAAUGUAUAAUUGCACAUCGUUGUUGAAGAUGUAACCAUUUGUGAGGGUGAGGAAUGGGAACAUAUGUUGUUAGAAAUCUCUCAUUCGGGUUCUUGGGGUCAUUUUUCUAUGUCAGUGAUUCUUUAAUAUAGAUAAGGUCAACUUAAGAAUUACGGCUCUUGGUUUGAAUGUUCAGCCAGCAACACAAAAGAACCAGGGACAUAGAAAAUGCAUACAGUGGAUGCUAUUAUGUGGAAAACAAUUUAUUCUACAAGAAAACAAAGACUCUUUCCCUGUACACAGAAGCCUAUUGUGUCUUUUAAACAUGCCCUUUAGUUUAUACUGGCCGUGAAAACAGACUGUGUUGAAUAGUAAAAGAUAUAUUUUAUAUGGUCUGGCAGCCAAGUGUUGGACAAGUUAUUGUGAUUUAGGUGCAGUUACAAAAUAAAUAAUAGAAAAUUUAUGGAACUACCAGUGUGGCUUCUCCAGUAUUGGGAAGGUAUAUUUACAGUCAAAAGUUGAAAUCUGGAAAACAAGCUGCUCCCCCUCCCCUUUCCCUUUCCCCUUCCCCUUCCCCCUCCUCAUCCUCCAGAAAGAAAAUGUUACACAUUCUUGGUCAGUAUUAUAAUAUUAAUCUAAAUCUACCAAAAUAAUAAUACUUGGUUUUGCUUUCAUUUAUAUGUAAAUACAAGUUUAAAUAAAGAUUUAUCUUAAAUGUAUGCAUCACUCAGAAAAGAUACUAUCGGCCGAUUACUCACAACAUAGUGAAAUAGUAUGCACACAUUUUUGUAGCGGCAUCAUAAGAUUUUUAAGUUUAAGUUCAUUGAAAAAUUACAUUUGUUCAUUGAUAUUGUACAUUCUCCAAUGAAUAUAACUUCCUGAUUCAAAGUUACAGCUGACACAAAAGGGAAUUAUAGAGAGUAAAAUUAGGAGAGAACUGGAAUUCUCAUCACAAAGGCCUUGAUAUAAGGAUCUCACCGUUGUAACUAUAGUGUACAAUGAUUUUACUUUGCAUAGGCUUUUAUAACAAUUUAGAGUGAUUCUUGGAUGCUGAUGUGUUCUUCAGAGCAACUAAACAGUUUCAGAAAGUUUGUGGAUCCAUAGAAACUGUCAACUCCCUAAUUAAUUACACCAUAGUCUAACAAUUAUGGUCAUAUUAAUAUAGUUAGCAUAAUUUAAAAAUAUAUAUAUAAUGAGGGCUUAAACUGAGAAGGCAAGCAGCCCAUCUGUUCUAUGUCAUAUAUUCUAUCUGGAAUACUUGCCAUAUAGAGCAAUCAGGAUUUUGACAAUUACAUCAGAGAAAUUCCAUUAAACACAUUGAAAGAGUCCUCUUGGUCUCUUGGGUGGAUGGUUGCCUAGCUAAUGGAAAUAACAAAUGAAAUGACCUGAUGAAUAUAUAGCCAAGCAUCUUUGUGAAUCACAUGCCCAUAAUUAUGAUCAUCCAGGGAAUGCCAAAAUUUGUUAUUAUUGACCUUUCAUCAAUAGAGAGAUCAGUAGUUGCAACUGUGGGUUACUUUCUGCAGUUAAAUUAAUAAGAUGAGGGGUCCUUGGUGCUCUCUGAGCUUGCUUGUUUUCUUGCCGACAUUUCAUUACACAAACUAGGGCAAUACUAGCACUGAGGAUG